AUGGCUCGCACUAAACAAACCGCUCGCAAAUCUACUGGUGGAAAGGCUCCAAGAAAGCAGUUGGCAACGAAAGCCGCAAGGAAAUCUGCGCCGGCAACCGGUGGCGUCAAGAAGCCCCAUCGUUACCGUCCGGGUACUGUGGCGUUGAGGGAAAUCCGUCGCUACCAGAAGAGUACCGAGUUGCUCAUCCGUAAGCUGCCGUUCCAGCGACUCGUAAGAGAGAUCGCGCAGGACUUCAAGACCGAUCUGAGGUUCCAGAGUUCUGCUGUGAUGGCUCUUCAGGAAGCCAGUGAAGCAUACCUCGUCGGCCUGUUCGAAGAUACGAACUUGUGCGCCAUCCAUGCCAAGCGUGUCACCAUCAUGCCGAAAGACAUUCAGUUGGCUAGGCGAAUCCGAGGAGAGCGAGCUUAA